UCGUUUUAACGCGCGACGGUCUAGUGUCCGCGAAACGUUCGAGGCGAAAACGCGGACACAGGCGAACAAUAAAAUUAUAAUAAGAAACAUUCGCGCGAUUAUUGCUCGCGCUUAAUAUAAUUCAUCGCGAUUGUCCGCUGCGCGAAGGAAAAACAAACAUUUCCACGAUGAGGACACUGCUGGAGAUGUUACUAGUCGUAGUAGCGUUAGCUACGCACAUCCGUGGACUCCCUUAUGGAGAGCUGCCGCCUCAGUUGCAAACGCAGGGGCAAGUUGUUUGGUACGGCGACGACGGCGUCUCCCAAGCUCAGAGCAACGUUUAUCCCAACUACAAGGAGAACAUUGUGCCGGGACAGAUUUGGGAUCACUCGCAACAAAACACAUUCACGGGAUAUGAGACGCACGCUCCAUCCGAAUCGCAGCAGCAGCAACUGCAACAGCAGCAACUGCAACAGCAGCAACAUAAUCCCGAUUAUGUGUAUCAACCUGAUCAGACGCUGCAGUCUUAUCCCAAUUCCCUGAACGAUCUCACCGUCACCUGCAGCGGCCAAAACGAGGUCUGCGUCAGCAAGAGUUUGUGCAUCGACGGAUACGUGCAUCACCUGAAACAGGGCUUCAUUCGACCGGGACAGGUGCAAGAAUGCAAGCUUAGCCAUGAGACGUGCUGCAUCGUGCGGUAUGACUUGAACAACUCGCCGUACGACGAGCAGUACAACACGGUGCUGAAGGACGAUCAGUAUCACGAGUACCCGGAGCCAAGUCUGGAGAACGACCAGAAGUACGUUCCAUAUGGCGAGAACAAUCAGGCGGACGUGUCCGAGCUGAGCCCGCCGUUAGAGAACGACGCUGAGCUGCAAUCCGGGACCAACAACGGAUACGCGAUCGACUCCGCCGGCCAGCCACAUGACAACAUGCAAACCCCUGAAGAUGUACCCAUUGAUUACAACCAGGUGCCGGCUGGCACGAGUCCACGGGAACAAUACCAACAAGGCAGUGCAAUCGCCAGCGAGCCAAUUUCACCAGCAGUGAACCCGGCUGCAGCUGCGAAUCCCGCAGUCUUCCAGUUUCCGAUUCAAUCAGGCUGCGCAGCUGCCUUGCUCUGCGUAGAGGAGCAGUACUGCACGUUGGAAGGUGUCAUCAGUCCGGAACCGGUCGCGCUUACUAGCAAACAGCUUCUACGACGUGUCCCGUUGAGUAGCUGCAGAAACCAGGAAACCGGAAUAAUCGGUAAAUGUUGUCGCGAUCCGAACUACGUGGACCCAUGGCCGACGGGCAACUUGCCGGCCAACUACACCGGCGGCUUCGACGAGCAAGGCUUCCCGACGUUCCUCAACAUCGCGACCGUGCGACCGCCGACGAAGAGGCCGGUCCCGCAACAACCCCCUAAGACGAUUCCCAAGCCGACAGUGAGGCCGCCCGUCGUGCCUCAGACGCCCCAGUUCCAUGAGCAGCAGCCGACGAACGUGGUGCCGGAGGACUCCAAUGCGACGCCGCAUGUGCUGCCGACUCAAGUGCCAACAGCGGCCAGCACUCCUACGCCGUUCACCAAGAAGCCGUACGAGUUCGACUCGAGCGACCAGCAGCCAAUUGCCGUGGUGCCACAAAUACCGAACCAGCCGUGCGGCGUGAGAAAUUACGAUCAACGGCCGACCGGCUUCAGGAAUACUAACGCGGCUUUCGCGGAGAUCCCGUGGCAAGCGAUGGUCCUGUGGACACCGGAACGUAAAAUCUUGUGUUCCGGUGCACUUAUAGCACCAGACGUCGUCUUGACAGCUGCCAGCUGCUUGAAUGGAUUGUCACCGAACGAAAUCUCUGUGAAACUCGGCGAGUGGAAAUUGGGCUUCGAGCUUAAGCAGGAGGAGCCACUUCCAUUUGAAAUCAUCGAUGUACGAACGAUCAAGUACCAUCCCGGUUACAUGGAGGGACUAUCCAGCAACGAUACCGCUAUGCUAUUCUUGGAGCAUCCUGCGACUUUCAAUUUACACAUCAACACGCUAUGUCUUCCUGAAGACUAUCAAGUACAAGAGACGUCGCAGUGCAUUGUGACAGGAUGGGGCAAAUCGAUACUGCAAUCCCAUUACGCUGGUGCUAUCAUGCACAUGGUGGACGUGGACCUACUUUCGCACGAGAUUUGCCAGAACCGCGUGCUGGGUGCGAAGUCUCCGAUCAACAUCGCGAGCGACGUGAUUUGCGGCAAGGCUCGCGAGGAGAACAACAUGUGCCAAGCGGACGUCGGCGGUCCGUUGGCCUGCUAUGAUGGCAACGGAGCGUACCACAUCGCCGGAAUUUACAGUCAGGACACCGGAUGCUUACCCACGAAUCAGGUCGCGACGUUUGCACCAAUCGAUCUCACCUGGGUGAAGCAGACCAUGCACUUCCCGCACGAGGCGCAACCGAAAAUAGACGUCGCGCCGACCAGCAGCGUCGACGACGGAUACGACUACCGGAAGAGCAACCUACCAGCGGGCAAUCAGUAUCUACCGCCUGUGUAGAGACACGUACGCACUUGCCACACAUAUACACAUUGUGUACAGCGUAAUCUCUCCUCUCUUUACUCUCUUUGAAAUACUCAUUCAUCCAUAAACAUUGCGUUACGAGGGAUGGAGGGGGAGAGAGAGAGCGACGGUUGCGUUCUUCCUUUUACUUCUCUUAUUUGAUUUAUUAGUGGCGCACAGCGUCCAUCUCGUGCCAAGUCGUGAGAAGAGUCAACGAACUUCGGGGUCAUAAUUGUCAUUAUGCCACGAGUACAAUUAUCAUUAUAUUAUGAGCACAACGCGCGAUUACACAAACGAUUACAUUGCUGAUGUCGAAGUUAAGAUAGCGAGUUAUCAGUGAGAAUGGUCUGUUUGUUGACACUACGAUAAGCCCUGGAUAACGAUCUUCCUUAAAAGUACGACGAACUAUCGAGAUCGGGACUAAUGUCGUUCAGUGGCGGGGCGAGCGAAUUCGGAACAAUUAUACGACAACAACAAUAAGAAGAGUAACGAAAAGAAAAAAAAAA